UGCAAACAGCCAAUAAAAGAGAGAGCUGCCAAGAGUCUCUUAUGACAUCUGUGCUCAUUAACUCCUGAGCACCUUGAAGCUGGUGGCUGCUGCUUGGAACCAGGACAACAGAGAUUGGAGGAAAGCUUCUUAUAUAUCUCAGGCUGUGUGGUUCUUGUUGGUAGUCUCGAUAGUGCAGAAUGGAUGCAAUACUGAACUACAGGAUGGAGGAUGUUGAAGAUUACUACGAGUUACUGGGAUGUGACGAACUCUCUACGGUUGACCAAAUCCUGGCAGAAUUCAAGGUCAGAGCUCUUGAAUGUCAUCCUGAUAAGAACCCUGAAGACCCCCAAGCAGUGGAGAAUUUCCAGAAGCUCCAGAAGGCCAAGGAUAUCCUGACCAAUAAAGAGAGUCGGGAUCACUAUGACUACUGGAAGAGAAGCAGGAUUCCUAUCCCUUUCCACCAGUGGGAAGCUCUGAGUAGCUCAGUCAAAACGUCUAUGCACUGGGCUGUCAGAAGUAAGAAAGAGAAGAUGCUGGAAGAACCUGACCCAGCUGACGCCAGCAACCUCACAGAUGAGGAAGGAAGCCAGCAAAAAGCCACUAAAAAAGGACUGAGCUCUGCCACAGAGAGAAAGGAGCAAGGAGAACCUGAGACCUUGGAUAAGUCAUGGUCCCUGCAAAGCCCAGAGUCCUCAAGCUUUCCAGAUGGGAACUGCUGGCACCUGCGUUUUCGCUGGUCAGGAGACACACCCUCAGAGCUGCUGCGGAAAUUCAGAAACUAUGAAAUAUAAAUCUCAGUUUCAAUGGAGAGAGAAGCAGAAAGACGGCAGGCAGCUGCCAUCUCCUGGGCUUGCCCCAUUUGGUCCUUUGAUCCACAUCCUUAAAAAGAAGUUUUUGCUCUUUGUGUGUGUGUGUAGAGAAGAACAUUAGCUCUUAACCUGAGCAUCACUGCUCAACCCAUGAAGUCAUCCCCAUGAUGUCUGUGCUGAGAGAAAAAUUGAGAAGAGGGGGACACCCAUCUCCCUGCAGGAUUUGCAUACAUUGAGAGAGAUCCUGUAUUAAGAGACAGCAUGGUCUUGUGGAUAGAGGGCCAGCCUUGGAAAUCUUGCCUCUGCCCCAUAUGGGCUCUAUCACCCUGGGCAAGUUACAUCCCCUCUCAGAGUCCCGCACGACUCUCUAAGAUUGUAAGUUGUGGAGGAAUUGCUAGAGUCCAUUGUGGAGGGAGUUUUCGUGUUGGAAGGUCCCCACACUGAUGAAAUCACAGAUCUGGCCCCCCUCUCCCCCAAAGAAAGAAAAUUCUAGUGGUUUAUAUUUAUUCUUCUGUGAAUUUUAUUUAUAGAUAUACUUCAUUAUUGUCAUUGUAUCUGUGGUGCUUAGCAUGUUGCCUUGUAUGCACUAGGGAUUAAUAAAUGUUUGUUGAAUUGUA